AUGGUAGAAGCCCUGGAUGUCCCAGCAGCAGAGAUAUGUGUACUGUCCUAUUUUACACUCUCCUGGUUCGACCAAAAUUUACUCUGGAACAGUUCCGACUUUAAUGGUCUAUCAACCAUCGAUCUUCCAGUUGGGUUGAUUUGGUCUCCGUCUUUGGAAAGAGCUUCUUCCGAAACAUGUGGACCCAACAAAAGACAGCAAGAAUUAAAGACAGCAAAAGUGACAUCCAACGGACGUGUGAAGUUAAACAUCAUCAAAUACACAUCUGCGUAUUGUGUAAUCAACAUGUUUCUGUAUCCGUUCGAUGAACAUGAAUGUUAUUUCUUAUUUUAUGACUCUAGAUAUUCUAAUAAGGAGUUGAAACUUUAUCUUAUUGAAGAAGAUCUUGUGAUAACACAUAAUUACAUUGCAAAUCAAGAAUGGGAUAUAAAAUGGUUGGCGUCUGCAAUUUACAACCGACCGAUCUAUGAAGAGUCUAUAAAUAUCUCAAUUGUUUCCGACCAUUUACAGACAAGUCGACGACCAGGCUUUGUUAUCAUUAACUUGUUUUUACCUGCUUGGCUUCUAUCCUGUUUGAAUCUCUGUGUCCCACUUAUACCACCGGAUUCGGGGGAACGGUUGUCAUUUGCUGUAACUCUCUGCCUAGCUCUGAUGUUUGUAAACAUGUCUUUAGUCGCUGAUAUGCCAAGAAAUUCAUUGAAGAUAGGUGUAUUAUCAUGGGUUCUGUCUGUAGCUGACUUUAUGCAUACGCUUAGUAUUAUAUGGAGCAUAGUCAUUAUUCGCAUAUCAAAAUUGUCGAGAGAAACAACAACCAUUCCUUCGAUUUUUCUGAAGAUUCUGAUAAAACCAAAACAAGACCACCAGGACGUGCGUCAAGAUAUUGGCAACGUUCAUGGCAAGCGUGCUGAAAAAGUUGAUUCAAAAUCUGAAAUACCGAAAUAUGAAUCAGAACAUAUUAUAGACAGAAAAACAUCGACUAGAAGUUCAUGUCACGAAGAUGUCGGUUUGAUAACGUCAGAAAGGGUGGAUGGUGUGGAAUGGAAUGAAGUUUCAAGGUUGCUCGACAAAAUUUAUUUCUCAGUUUCAAUCGUUUUUGUAACAAUUAUGUUAGGUAUUAAUAUAUUUAUAUUCCGUGAAAAUUUCUCAGCACUGUUUUGA